GUUUGCCCUUGGGAAUGUGUACAUUCUGAAAAUAUAUGUGCGUCGUUAUUUCCAAGGUCAUUAAGGAGAAAGAUCGCUUAAAUGGAUCAUCCAGUGACACUAAACGAUGUAACUCAUUUCUAAAUGCUGUUUACAAUGGCAUAUCAGGACACCAUAUUUGUAAACAUUCUAUCACGACUUCCGAGAAUAUUUAGUGGUCUUGGGAUAGCUGGUGUACUCUUAGCGAUUUUCAACCACCUCUAUGGCUCAUAUUCUCCGCUGUUCAUCCAACAUUUUCUCCUGUUUGGAAAGUCAGACCCUCAGUAUUGUGAAUAUUUGGAGUAUUUAAGAGUUCCUAAAAGAUGGUUUAAAUAUUUUUACAUGAUUGGUAUAUUCUCUACAUUUUGUAUCCUACUGGUUGAAUUAUUUAUGCUAUCUUCAGUACUCAACAAAACCAUAAUUUCUGUUUUAAUCAUAUAUUUGGUACAUGUUUCACGUCGACUGUAUGAGUGCGAAUAUGUUUCCGUAUUCAGUAAUUCUCAAAUGAGUUUCAUGCACUUUUUGAUGGGUAUUGUAUACUAUAUUGUCACUCCUAGUUCAAUUUUGCUUUCUCAAAGUAAUGCAGCUGAACGAUCAUAUUUGACUAUUGGCUUAUUUAGUGUGCACAUGUUAAUACUCCAGUAUUUGCAGAAUUUGGUUUUCCGACAGUUAGCUGCCUUACGUUCAGGGAAAAAUAAAAACACAGACAAGUUAUCGGAGAAAAAGUAUUAUCCACCCGAAGGGAGUAUGUUUUAUUGGGUAUCGUGCCCGCACUACAUACUUGAAAUAUCAAUCUACUUAUCAUGUCAGUUAUUUAUUACACCUAAAUGGAUACCAUUCUCGCAUAUAUUAUUUUUCACAAUAUGCAAUCAAUUAUGCUGUAUAUGGCUAAAUCAUAAUUGGUAUAAAAAUAAUUUCCCUGAGUGGGCAUCUAAACGUGCUAUGCUGAUUCCUUAUGUAUGGUGAAUAUAAAAAAUGUAUGUUCACUUCUCUCUCUUAAACAUAAACAUCUUGAUGUAAAAUAUUUUUUUGUUAGUGUUAGGCUAUUCAUUUUAUUCAACUGACUACACAUCAUCUAAUAUUUUUUAUGUGAUUUUUCUCCAAAGAUGCUCCGUUUUGUGAUAUUUCUCUAUUCUAUUCGAAAAGUUAUUAUAAUGUAAGUACCUUCUUCCUUAAGAGCUAUUUUGAAUUAAGGAGAACUUAUCAAAAGAAAAG